AUGGACAUAUCAAAUAUAUUUAAUGCAAUGCAAGCAGGAAAUUCUAGCAGAGUUUGGUUCAAAGCAAGCUGUGGAGAAAGUUUGGAUUUUGACGAGUUUGUGAAUGUGGGAAUGGAAGCACGGAUGAGAAAGUAUCGGCAAGUGAGUCCAGAGAGGGCCAAAGUGUGGACGGAAAAGUCCCCAAAGUACCAUCAGAAUCGGAAGGUGCCGCUGGUUUACUAUCUUUGCCGGAAUAGGCAGUUAGAACAUCCUCAUUUCAUGGAGGUUCCACUUUCAUCCCCGGAUGGGUUGUUUUUGAGAGAUGUGAUUGAUAGACUAAACGCUCUGAGAGGUAGAGGCAUGGCUUCUUUGUAUUCGUGGUCUUGUAAGAGAAGCUACAAAAACGGAUUUGUGUGGCAUGAUCUCUGCGAAGAUGAUCUAAUUCUACCUGCUCAUGGAACUGAGUAUGUCCUCAAGGGUUCUGAGCUGUUUUACGAAUCAAAUUCAGAACGUUUUGGCCCUACUAGCAAUUUGAAAACUCAGAACCUGAAGCAGUUACCAGAGCCGGUUUCUUGUAGAAGCCAUGAUGAGGCUUCCACCUCUUCCAGCAUGAAUGAGAAAGAGACAAGAAAUUCCCAAGAAGAUGAUGAGCUUUCCCCAAGACAACAAACUGAUUCAUCUGAUGUGUCUCCUCAGUCUAGAGCUGGGACGAGUGAUUCUCUUAGCUUACCAUUGACAGAAUACAAAAUCUACAAGACGGAUGGAUUGGCUGAUGCUUCAACUCAGACAGAAGAAACUAUUGGCAAACCUGAAACCCAGAAAACUUGUACCAGGGGUGUAUCAACCGAGGAUGAUGGGUCAUUAGAAUCGGAAUGCCAUGAAAUAUGUGAUGCUCGAGUGCCACAGGUGAAAGACAAUCCUGAUAUCUGUAUGGAUACUAUUUCUCCUCCUCCCUCAACUUCAAGUCCAUCGUCUUCUGGAGGGAAAACUGAGACUUUGGAGUCCCUUAUAAGAGCUGAUGUGAGUAAAAUGAACAGCUUUAGGAUCCUAGAAGAGGAGCGUAUUCGAAUGCAAACCAAUGCAAGGCUGAAAGCCUCAAAUCUACUAAUGCAACUGAUCUCAUGCGGAUCUAUAUCAGUGAAAAAUCAUAGUGUUGGCCUUAUUCCUUCUUAUAAGACUAGGUUUUCCAAUUCCAAAUUCCCAUCCCCUUUGUUCUCAUCUUCUGUUAUGUUGGGGGAAUUUGACUGCCUAGCAGAAAAAACGAAGGUGAUGGGCCUCAAAUUGGAAGACAAAGAUUAUUAUGGCGGGAGCAUAGUGGAGUCUAAAGUACUGACGGAAGAAGGUGGACUUAAUGUUGUUUUGAAACACUCUUCUUCUUGCAAUGCCGAGAGGACAUCUACAGAGUUGAAAUCACAAGACACGGAGGAAUCAUCAUCCCCUGGAAAUUCAAAAUGUGUUCCUCAGUCAGUAAAGGCCUCAUUGAUCAAUCAGUCGCCAGGUGGACACUUGAUAUCUCCUCUUUCUGAUGGAUCAAGAAAUUCCAUGGAUAAAACCGAUGGUUCAGGCAUAUCAUCAGUACCAUCUAAUGGUAGUAGCAGAAGGAUCACUGAAACUUCAUCAGGGUCAGGGAGAAAGCAAUCUAAGAGGGUAGAUUCAUUUAGAGAAGAAGAGAGGGUGAUCAAAAUUGAAGAAAGCUUGCUUCAGGAGCUCGGGUUAUAA